UCUUGUUGUAAGUUACGGUACUGAUACUUGUAGAUAACGUAACUAAAAUAAGUAUGGUUCUCACACAGAUAUUGUGAAAGCAAGUUGAUGAUGAAUUCUGGAUAUUAUUUAUGUGUUCUCUUAUGUCAAUUGUUUAAUCUUCCCAAGAAUGGGACCCAGAACUUCCCACAAGGCAGAACUUUAAAUACCACUUCAGAUGUAGGGUUUAUAAAUCCUUUUGCUGAGUGGCUAAAUGAAGUGUGCAGUUACUGUUAUGAUGAGUGGCAACGAUCUUAUGUCCAGAAUGCUUCACUCUACACAACAUUUCUCUUAUGUACAAGAAAAUCUGAUAUGCAAUAUGUGAAGGUUGACAUUGGAGACACUCAACAGUUAUAUGACGGAGGGUUUAAUGUAUCCAAGGAUACAAAAAUACUGAUACAUGGUUGGUUAGACAGUGCAACCACCAAAGGUUUAUUUCCUCAAUAUCUCCGAGAAGCUUACAUGCUUGCUGAGGAUGUGAACAUAAUAGCAGUGAACUGGGCAAGUCUAGCCAUGUUGUUCUACCCUCUCUCUCGCAGUGCUGUCACACCAGUCGGGCGCUACACGGCUAAGUUUGUAGAUUUCAUAGUCUCCGAGGUGGGCGUGCUUCCUAGCACAGUCCACCUCCUCGGUCACAGCCUCGGUGCUCACAUAGCUGGAGUAGCGGGCGAGUCUGUCACGUUUGGAAACAUCUCCAGAAUAUCAGGUCUGGAUCCCGCAGCACCAUUAUUUUGGGCAAAUGAUCUAAACGGUAGACUGGACCCCUCAGAUGCCAAGUUUGUGGACGUAAUACACACAGAAGGAGGCCUUGUGGGUUAUUUCGAACCCUGUGGUGAUGUCGAUUUCUACCCCAAUGGAGGAUCCCAUCAGCCAGGAUGUGGUGUGGACUUCUUUGUCUGUUCACACAGAAGAUCCUACAAAUACUUUGCAGAAUCAAUUACAAGUAAAGGCUUCAUCUCCACAGCAUGUGAUAGCUGGAAUGACUACAAAAGUGGUCGGUGUACAAACAAUGUAAAAACUGUCAUGGGAGAGUAUGUCAACGUAAGUGCAAGUGGCUGCUACUAUUUGUUCACCAACCCAUCGAAACCUUACGCUAAAUGGAACAGUUCCAUAAAUCAGCAAGACUAACAGAGUGACAAGCAAAAUAUAUCAUUUUCCCCAACAUUAACAAAUUGGCUUAUUUGUCAUUUUUAUUAAUUACUUGCUUUAUUUGGAAAUAAAUUAUUUAUUAAAUAUAAAGAACUUUUAAAA